AUGCCGACUGGAAGUGGGGAAGGCGAAGCAGGGGAUGCUUCCCAAGGGAGCUCUGGAGGUGGCUUAGGCCACCUACCCUGGCAACAGAUCCCGAAAUUUGUCCCAGGGGUGAGAAAUGUUGACAAGUAUGUGGGUCGACUUAAGUUCUUGAAGGAACUCUGGCCACCUGAACAUAUCCAUCUACUGGGUCCACGGGCAGCUUUGCAAGUGGAAGGGUCCGCCUUUCAGAAGAUUAGCAGGAUCUCGCCCGAAAAGCUUCGACAAGUCGAUGGAGUGAAGAUCUUGGUUGAGUCCCUCGGCGGCUCGUGGGGCCGCACGCAGCAAGAGGAGAAGUACCACUUCUUCGAGCAGGCGAUUUUCCAAGUCGCCCAACGCAGCGACGAGACCAAUGAUAGCUAUGUGGCCAGGCAUGACGCCUUCUUUGAAGAGCUCAUUGCUCGCAACGUCACCCUGGAGGAAGUUCGAGCCUACAUCCUCCUUCGCCACUCGCAGCUGGCAGCCGAAGACAAGAAGAAGGUAGUGGUGGACGCCCGAGGAAACCUGACCUAUGGCGACACCGUCAAGGCCAUUAGAUUGUUGGGUUCCAAGUUCUUCGGAGACCUUCAGAACCGGCAUGCGGCCGGCAGCGCCAAGACCAGCGAGAGGACCAAGGUGUAUGACAUUCACUUCACAGAGGACAGCGCCGCUGAGGAGACGUUCUACAGCAGUGUCCCCGCCGAGGAGGAGUUUGACGAUGAAGAGCUGCUCUGUUACUUCCUGGAGCAGAACGUCGAAGAUGCUGUGUACAUUGCGGAGUUCGAGGACUCGAGAGUAGACCCAAUCCAGGAGAGCAACCUCGCCCCCGUGUAUGUGUCGUAUCAAGAAGCCCGACAAAAGUUGCGGGACAAAGCCAAAGCAAGGGGAUUUUGGCCUUCCUCUUCCGCCUCUUCCUCGAAAGGCAAGCACAAAGGGAAGGGGCCAGGCAAGAAGGGGAAAGGUUACCCCUCAGCAUCGGCAUGGGGAGGUGGCCGAGGCAGAACGCUCGCAGACCGCAUCGCGAGCUCUUCUUGCCGCUUGUGUGGCGCACGUGGACAUUGGAAAAGGGAAUGUCCUAGACGGACAAGCCUCCCCAACACCCGAGAAGACAACCGAACGGAGGUGACCAACUACACCACGGACCUCGAGAAGCACGACCUUCCAUUCCCAGAGGUUCUCCAGACUUUGCCGCCAGAAGCCGUGUACUACAUGGAGGAAGACACAGACGCUGACAUGCACACCAGCGAAGAGGACAUGCCAGAGCCACACACGGAGGACACCGGGAAAGCCGGCGACAGCGCAGAAUGGUAUAAACAAGAGCGCUUGCAAGCCACCGAUCACCAUGAAGUUGCAGCAGCUUCCAAAAGCAGUGUUCCAACCACACGCACCCAGCAGCAGCUGACCACUCAGCAUGAUUGCCCGCUGAGCCGAAAGGAUGCCCGCAAGCUUCAGGAGACUCUGGAAGGGUCAACGGAAGCAGCCAGUCUCGACGAAUCCUUGUCGGGACAGGAAGAUGCUACUCUGGACGAGAGCCAGAUCAACUUGCAGCACUUCCUGGAGAUGGGCUAUGUUCGACCUCCCAAUGUGGGGACCCUGCGAGAGUGGGGGCAGGAGCUCCUGCCCUCAGGCAAGCAUCGGACCCAUGCCGUACGCUGCCUACAUGGCUCGGAAAACCACGCUCACCAGUGCCUGGGCCCGAUCCUACCAAAACUUCGCCAUUGCAAAGUUCAAGGCACUUGCCGAAGCCUGAAGCCAGGCUCCAUCCCGAAGGACCCGGAGACGACCAAGCCGGUUCCGGAGGACGAGGAGUGGAAGCUCUGCCCAGCACAGGAGCCAACAUCCAGUGCGACAGGAUCGACAAGCGUGGCAACGGGCAGCCACCGGAGCAAGCGGGCAAGUGUAGGGACAACCAGUGGUCCCAUGAAGGCGGACAUGACGGCGGAGCAGCGACUCGAUCUCCUCACCAAACAGGCGCUCCUGCGCCGCGAGCUGACGCAGUUGGAGCAGACUCUCGGGGAGGGCAAAGAGAGGUCGCAGCCGACCAGUGCGCGCGCCGGAGAAGCCGGCGAUCCGACUCUGCAUUCCCUUGCCGUCUGUGAAAGAAUCGAUGCUUAUGUCCAGCUGAUUGAAGAACAGUUGGCAGAAAUCUAA